CUGUCAUACUCAAAGUUUGCCCCACCCAGAACUCCAAGUCAGGACAGCCCCAAAUAAACCAAUCUCUUCUCAGAGGGAGGUCUUACACACAGCCACAUAAGAUCGAAAGUUUGACAGACCUUUCAAAGUUGAACUGUCGGAGCAAAACGUGUGGUGCUUCUGCAGGUAUAACUGCAGACCUCCUAACACAAUGAAUUGGGCUUUUCUUCAAGGCCUGCUCAGUGGGGUGAAUAAAUACUCCACAGGAUUUGGCCGGAUAUGGUUGUCUGUCCUCUUCCUCUUCCGAGUCUUGGUUUACGUGGUAGCAGCCGAAAGAGUUUGGGGAGACGACCAAAAAGACUUUGAGUGCAAUGUCAAGCAACCUGGUUGUGAAAAUGUCUGCUUCGAUUACUACUUUCCUGUCUCCCACAUCCGACUGUGGGCUCUGCAGCUCAUAUUUGUCUCCACUCCAUCUCUGCUGGUGGUCAUGCAUGUAGCUUAUAGAGAAGAAAGGGAGAGGAAGAACAGGCUGAGAAAUGGGGAGACCUGUCACAGUAUUUACAGUGACACAGGCAAAAAGAUAGGAGGGCUGUGGUGGACUUACGUUAUCAGCCUUGUAUUUAAAGCAGGGAUUGAUAGUGGGUUCCUAUACAUACUUUACACCAUCUAUAAAGAUUUUGAAUUGCCCCGCCUUGUUAAAUGCGAUUUAGCCCCUUGUCCUAACACUGUGGAUUGCUUCAUUGCCAGGCCAACUGAGAAAACGAUCUUCACUAUUUUCAUGGUUGUUACUGCAGCCUUGUGUGUUCUUAUAAAUGUCUGUGAGUUCACAUACCUUGUAAGUAAGAGAAUUGUGUCCAGUUUCUGUUCCUCAGGCAAGAAAAGGCGGUCAAGUCAAUCUACAAGGGGGCCAACCACCUUAUUUGAAAAGCCAUCCAGUGCAAACUUCAAUCCAGAAGAUAAGUCAGUUGCUGGAAAUCAAAGUCCAAAUGUUAUCAUUCAUUUGAAUUCCUGAAGAUUCCAAGUCAAAAGUUAUUUCCAUUUGAAUGUGCAGAAAUAUUUGAACUAAUUAUGUACGGCAACUUCUUGCAAAAUAUUUUUGUCCAUCUAAUGAAUACCAGAACUGAACAAGCAAUCCUCAAGCUGGCGCCAUCUUUUAUGACAAUAAUGCUGCCUUAUCACAAUAUAAGUCACUUUUAGAAGGUCUUCACAUUAUCCAGUUCAUCUCCAGUCCCUGCUGCAAAGAAUACUGACUUUCUGUGUCGCUGGGCAUAAUAUUUAAGUAGCAGGUAGAGUGAUAUUACUUUGAUGUCAGAUUAAAUUCAAUCUGGCCUUAUUUUCUUUUCAUCAGUCGAUCCAUGCGAGCUGAUGAGCAUUCCAAUAGCAAGGUUCAUAAAUAAAACUAUAGGAUGUUGAGGAGAGUAAGAAGGAAGAUUAUACAAAAUCUUUUCAGUUAAGAGAGAAGUUUAAGGGACAGAGUUAUAAGUGAAGUAAAAUGAAGCAACCAUACAAUGGAAUUAAGAGACACAUGCAAAGCAUUGACCACCUCCAACAACGAAGAAUCUAAGAAUCUAACCAACAUGCCUUGACGCAUAUUAUCAUCAUUGAACUCUCCAACAUUCUUGGGAGGGUUGUUAGCAUGGACUAGAAACUCACCUGGAUCAAUCUCAUAAAUGACGUGGUUACAAAAGCAGGCCAAAUGCUGGAAGUUCAGAAUACAAUCUGUCUCCUCCAUGAUAGCAUGCUAUAACAUUACUGGGCAAUGUCUCCAGAACACAGCAAUUCCUCCAUCAAAACAAGCAUCAAAACUGACUUGCCGUCAAUGCUAGUUAUGAUUUUUCAAACACUAAAGCUGCAGCUCAUGACUUGACAGGCCUCCCUGACAUCUGUUGACACUGUUACACUGACGGUAAGUUCUUCAACAUUACCAGUUAAAGUCAAAGCAAAGAUACCACUUCUGUUACAGAAUUACAAUAUACUGCUGAUGCUCAAGUUAGUUCUCACCCUUAAGAACCAUUUCAGCAGCUUGUUAAUGUAUAUACUAAAAUCUAGAAGAGCAUGGAACUUUGGGAAGACCAAAGGUCCACUACCAAUCCACAUCAAAUUCAACACCUUCAAUUAAGAUUAAGAACGUGCUGGAAAACUGACCUCACUUCCCAUAUCUCAGAAGCUUUCUAUCCCACGAAGCGAAUGUUGAUGAAGAGGGACAGCACUAAAUCCAUCAGCUAAAUGAAUCUUUUCAGUAUUGUAAUAACAGACAAGAAAUUAAACUCAGAAUCUGUUGCACAGUGGUUCUCCAGUGCUUCUCCACAAUGCCACAACUUGGACAAUCAUAGAUGACAUUGAAGAUCAAGAACAGCACCGUGAACAUGGUUUUCACAACAAAAUCCUGCAAAACUGAGAUUAUCAAAACUUUUAGUACAGCUCCUGAUUGUUAAGAAGCACUCUCUGAGCAUUUCACUGUUACGUGUUCUUUUAUUGAUGUUUCAAGAUAUUAACAUGGGCAGAACAUGAAUAUACAUCUUCCAAUCCAAAGCCCCAACCCCAUGUCCUAAAGCUUUGUGAGGCAACUUCUCGGCAGCUGGUUGUGUUAUUCAAUCUGAAUCCAAUAGUAAAUUUUAGAUUUCUUUUACAGUGCCAAACUGUUUCCAGCUCUUGGUGUCAUUUGACAUUGCAAAUUGAAUGCAUAUGCUGCUACUCACAAAUCAAAAACACCCGUAUUUUUCUUGAUCUAGGUCAAGCUUGUUUGCUAUUGACUCACCCCUAGCAAUUACUCACCACUUAUCAUCAUACUUGGGAGCGUAACACUGCAUUAAAGUCAAUUGUUGUAACUCAUCUUGUCGGCAAACACCUUCCAUUAAGAUUAAACAAGUCAGCACUGAACAGAACAUUUACCACUAGUUAGACCACUGGGCAUAUAUAUGCACUGAACCUUUAGAACUAUGUGGUGCUAUAACAGAAAUAUUUAGUAACAUGAACAAAUGGAGAAAGAUAGGAUCAGACUGUGUGGACUCAAGAAUGUGGGACCAUUGGCACAGGAUUAAACUCAAGAGGCUUAGAGCAUAAAACAGGAGAAAUUCUCAAGUCUUUGGAGUUGAUAUCCAAGAUUCUUGUUCAUGGCAGAGAUUGUAUCAAAAUUAAAGAUUAACAUAAAUAGGUGGAUGAAGGAAAAGGGAUUGAAGAAUAUUGAAACAGGGUGAGCAAAUUAAUACAUAGCAUUCAGUAAAUAGAACUACUUACUUGCAUGGAGGGUAAUUGCUGACAUGGACUUGUCCCCAUGCUGUAAAUUUUUAAACUACUUCAAUGCAUUGUAUUUGUAGCUAUAUGCUCAAUUUGCUUGGGAUUCUUCAGGAUUACUUACAAAUAUUAAUACAAGUCAUGAAAUAAUGCAUUAUAAAAUAGUAUGGAUCAGUAAUACUUGGUUUUACAUUUUAUUCCAUCAUUUAUAGAAUGUAAUACCAAAUAGUUCUGUCAAAAAGUUGGAACAUACUAGAUCAAUAAAACAUUUCAUUGAUUACAAAUUUUGAAUAGUGCUUUAUUUGCUACCGUGAUAACCCAUAAUGGUUCACCAUACAGCACAUGUACUAGAAAUUUGUAUCUUGUAUCUUAUAUAUCCCCAUGUGUUUUAUAUAUAUGCAUAACAUGCAUGUGCCACCGGUAGUAAUGCAGUCCCUUUUAGCACAGACAUUCAUUGUAUUGGGGGGAAUAAAGCAACUUUGCUCAAGGGUCUUAUGAUCCAAUAUGCAAUGAAAUGUCUGAAGAAUAUGGCAAAGUCUUUCCAAGUUGCAAUAAAAUAAAAUCUCCAUUGAAUAUUA